AUGGCUUUUAUCAACAGUUCUGAAAUGGUAGACGAUUCCGCAUAUGGUGUUUCUGGAAAAUCUCAGUUUUAUGUGGGACUGGACAAAUGUAUUGGAGAUUUGAGGGGACUGUUAUUCCAUAGCGAGGUGUCAAUUGUUGGGUUGCACUGCCUGGGAGGCGGAGGAAAAACUACUCUGGCGUUGGCUCUUUUGAAUGAUCCUCAAAUCAAAGGAUACUUCCGCGAUAAUGUCAUUUUCAUCACCGUCUCGCAGUCCCCAAACCUAACGGCAAUUUUAGAAACUAUGUGGGAAAAGAUCGCUAGAAAGACGAGACCAGAAUUUCAUAGUUUGAAAGAUGCACGGAUGAAGCUGCAAAAAUUGAUUUUGAGUCAAUCCAAACCAACUCUGGUGAUUUUGGAUGAUUUAUGGUCCAGAACAAAUUUGGAAAAUUUGCUAUUUGAAGGACCAGGUUACAAAACUCUUGUAACCACCAGAGACAAUUCCACCAUUCCAACAAGCCCGACUACCCGGCUGUAUCAGUUACCAUUGUUGUGCGAAGAAGAUGCGCUGUCACUUUUCUGUUUCUGGGCUUUUGGACAGCCAUCAAUCCCAAGCACUGUAAAUGCAAAUAUAGUGAAGGAGGUGCAAGCACAAUGUGGCGGCCUACCACUUGCUCUAAAGGUGAUUGGAAGAUCUUUGCAUGGGGAACCACAACAGGUUUGGGAGAGGGCGAAGAACAAGAUUUCUAGAGGAGAAUCUAUAUCAGCUUAUCACAAAAAUGGGCUAAUUAAAUUGUUGGAGAUCACUAUCGAUUCCUUAGAUGAUGUAGCCAAAGAAUGCUUCUUAGACCUAGCUGUAUUUCCAGAGGACAGGAAAAUCUGUGCUGAUGCACUAUUGGACAUAUGGGUUUAUGUUCGGAAGUUACAGUGGCAUGACGCUUUGUCCAUCUUAUCGGAUCUUGCAAGCAGAAACCUGUUGAAUUUGACUAGCACGCCAAGAAGAAUAGCAAUCUCACAUGGAAAUGCCUCGGAGCUGUACUUUUCUCAGCAUAGUGUAAUGCGCGAACUUGCCCUCCAUUUGGGAUGCCGAGACGGUGUAGUCCACAGGAAGAGGUUUCUGAUGGACAGGAAGGAGCAAAGUUUGCCUGAAAAAUGGGAGUUUCUUAAUCAUAAUGCAUGCGAUGUUCAAGUGCUCUCUAUUCAUACAGGGCCUAUGGAGGCAAACAACUGGUAUGAGAUGAGUUUACCUGACACAGAGGCCCUGUUGUUACUCUUUACUUCAAGCGAAUACUCUCUUCCCCCAUUUCUGAAGUCUAUGAAGAAUCUAAAAUUUCUAAUGGUAUUGAAAGAUGGGGCAAAGAGGGCAACUGUCAAAGGUCUAGAUGCUUUAUCUUCGCUUAGUGAACUCAAGUGUGUCCGCUUGGAGAGUUUGAUUGCACCUCUUGUUCAAAAACAAAGGAAAGAACUAUCAAACUUAGAGAAGUUAUCUUUAAGCUUAUGCGAAGGAUUUGACUAUGCAUCCACAUUCAACAUUACCAAGCUGCGGGACUUUAACAUUGAUCACUCCAGCAACUUGGAGGAGGUGCCAAUUAGUUUCUGUUAUAUGCCUUCUAUUAAGAUGUGGUCUAUUAGCAACUGCCACCUGGUUCAGAAGUUACCUUAUGAACUUGGGAAUAUGAACUCUCUCAGAAUGCUGAGGUUAUCAGCGUUACCGGGCUUAAAAGAGCUUCCACCAUCGAUUGGAAAACUUCGGCUGUUGGAAUGUCUAGACAUCUCAUUCUGUGAGGGGCUCAGAGAACUUCCAGAGGAAAUAGGGCAACUAAAGAAAUUGAGUGAGUUUGAUAUGAGGGAAUGUUCUCGUUUGAAGAGGUUACCAAGAGCUGUUUGUGAACUGAGUUCCCUCAAGCUGGUUGUCUGUGAUGAGAAGAUUGGGAAGCAGUGGUUACGGGCAAAGAGCAUAUCUCUUCCAGAACUUACAGUUGAAAUUGCGGAAACACAGUUUAGUCUGGAUUGGCUUGAUGAUUGACAUCUUUUCGUACCUCCAAUCAACUUGACAAGCACCAUCCAAUAAAAGCUCCUCUAUAUUUUCAGCCUAUAGUUACGAUCAAUUGUCGUCGUCUUUUCAGGACUGUAAGGACUCUUUACUACUUCGUGCAU